AUGGAAGCCGCCGACGUGGACCUGCUGGCCUCGCUCGAGACCGGCUACCGCUCCCGGCAGCGCCGGACGACCCACAGCACCAGUCUGAGCCGCCGCCUGCUCGCAGCACAGUCUCAGGCCAGCGCCGCCCCGCCCGCACCCGCCAGCUGGAGACACGCCUACAUCGCCCGGAUGAGCCAGGAGCUCGACUCGCUCGGCCGCACCCAGGCCGUCAGCCGGCUCCGCCAGCGCAUGAACCGCCCACCCCCUCCUCCCGACACCCUCAGCUGCCGCCAGACCUACCUGCUCUACUGCGGGAACACCCCCGCCCACCACGGCUGCCGCAAGCUGAUCAGCGCAAGGGCCGUCCCCGUCCUCCUCCCCAGAUCCGUCCGCGCACCCACGCCCACCGACGGAGAUGCGACCGACGGCGCAGAGCUCCAGACCAGCCUGCUCUCCAGCGACAGCCUGCCCUUCCCGAAUGCCGCCGGCAGAGUCGACAGCCUCACCCAGCGCAGCUUCCAGGACGACCCUGCCAACCCCUUCAGCCCCGCCAGCCCCCUCCACCUCGCCUGCACCUGCCAGAAGGCCUAUCUCGGCUGUCUGUCCUGCGGGAACAUCGUCGGCCAUACGAUCACCCUGCCCUGCGACCAAUGCGGAGACCUGCCCACGGCCCAUCCCCACUUCUUCUACCUGAGCCACCUCACCGCCGUCCCGCGCUACACGGACGUGCCGAUCCUGCUGGAGGCCGUCGAUCGGCCCGAGCACGGCGCGGAGCGCCCGGGGACGCCGAUGAGCUGGAUGGAGGCGUCGCGGCGGAAGAAGACGGACGGCGAGAUGGGGCUCGCGGAGCUUCUUCCGGCCCGGGAGCCGCUGGCUGUCGACGCCUCGGUAGCCGCAUCCCCGGGGCCGAUGAGCGACCGCGUGCGCACGGCGAUCCUGCUGGCCGGGCUGGGCCGCCCGGCCCUCCAGCCCUCGCCCCCGUCCGUCCCGCUGCGCCCGGAGGAGCCCGUGGCGGCUCCGGCCGGCAGCAGCCUCCGACGCACCGCCCUCGCCCGCAGGCCCGCCCUCCGGCUCUCUCUCCUCGCCCCCACUCGCCCCCUCCUCCGUCCGCGCACCGCCCCAUCCUCCUCCGAGUCUUGGGUCGUCAGACAGCCCCCCGCCCCCGAAGGAUUCCCGCCCGAGCUCCUGCGCCUCCGUCGGCCCCCCCACCCGCCGGCCCUCGCCUCGCCCUCCACCGCCAGCAGCCGUGGCCCGCCCGUCGAGGCCAAGGACGACGACGACGACGACGACGACGACCAAGCCCCUCUCCUGUCCAUCAUCCUCCCCGCCAUCCCCCCCCCAAGACCCCCGAGACGCCAACGCCCCACCGACGACCUCGACGAGCUCAGCCUCUCCUCCUCCUUGCGCCCCGCGUCCGGCAGAGCCAUCCGCAGGAGAGUACGCCCCCCUCAGUCCUCCUCCUCUCCUCCGUCUUCUGCGUCCGCAGGCGAUCCCCAGUGGAUCGGCCAUCUCUGUGCCCGAUGA